AUGAUUAAUUUCGCUUGUACGAAAUUUGAAAAUCUACCAAAUGAAAUAUUAUUUGAUCUUUUCGAAUAUAUCGAUAUUCGAGAUCUAUACAAUGGUUUCUGGGGAUUGAAUGAACGAAUAAAUUAUAUUAUUGGAUAUCUUCGAAAUCUUUCACUUAAUCUUGAACGAUACGAAGUCGGAUUGAUUUCGUUAUUUGGUAAGAAAAUUAGUCGAUUAGUUGUUAACACAUGGCAAGAUAUAGAUCUCAGGCAAUUUCCUCGUUUAAAAUCACUUAUUUUACAUCAAAUAACAGGAAAUCAACUACGACAAAUUCGAUCAGAAUAUAUGCCUAAUCUUGUCUAUCUUUCUACGUCGUCAAUACCCGAGUUUUCUCUUAUGCCGCAAUUAGCACAACGUAUAUUUUCUAAUGAAAUGCCUACUAUUCGAUAUGUUGAUCUUGGCCACGUUCAUGUACCACAUCUACGCAUGUGGUCUCAAUCGCCUGCUCUUCGUUCACUAUCAGUACAUACUAUAAAUCUAACUAUUAUUCCAUUUAUUCUUAUUUCAUCUCCGAAUCUUGUUCGCCUUCGUGUUGAGUUUUUAUUUAAUACAAUUCCAGUAUUUGAUAGUGCACCGUCGCUUCGAAAUCAUCCAUUAAAACAUUUUAUUCUGUCUGAUCCAUAUCAUAAAUUAUCAUUUAAUCAUAUUUAUACGCUUCUCGCAAUUAUUCCCAAUACAGAUAGAAUCGAACUGAAUUUUCUAUGUAAAAUUCCAUUCAUUCGUUUUCUUUACAGUUUAUUGAAUCGUUUACCAUAUUUAAAUCGAUUUGAUUGUAAUAUUGAUGAUGCAUCGAAUGAUAAAAUAACAGAUAUUCAAACAAUCCAGCAAAUUCAUUCGUGUUUUCAUCGAAUUCAAUGUUCAACUAAUGACUUUCAUUUUCGAACAUUCACUACGGAGUCAAAGAAAUGUUUCUUUUUUUGA